AUGCGUUUCCCAAUUGCCAGCUUAGCCAUCAUUGCCACGGCUCAGCUUGGCCUAACGGCCUCGGCCAGCGGCGCCGUCGACACUACCCUUCACCACCUGGAGGCCCGAGAGACGUUUCAAGAAUGCUUCCUAAGUUGCAAAGAAAGGUUUAGACAAAAGCACAUAAAAAAGUCCGAGGAUACCAAGUUUACUGCGAAUGAGGAAAGUUCUUGCUACGAAGAAUGCAAACAUAAAAGUGGCGCCCCUUCGAGUUUGAUGGAUUUCGCCAACCACUACGACAAGAAUGGUAGAUACACGGAGGAGUGGAAUAGGCCGUUAAUAUUUUAA